AUGGGAUGGCAGUUUGUCAACCCAAUGGCCAUCUUGAACCACCAGACAGGUGAAUGCAGGAUAGGCAUCGAGCGGCCGGCUACGAUUGCGAUCAUCGUGCUGGACAUCCUAAUGAACACUGUUCUCACGGGAAUCUUCGUCUGGCAGCUUCGACCAGCACUGGGCUCAUCGGCACCUAGGAUAUUCAGUUUCGCAAGCGACACUGCUGGUACAUCAACUGGCUCUUCAAUGCAGAGACUCCGACUUUGGAUGAAAGGAACACGACGGGCCGUAUCUUCUCGGAACAACUUGCGAGUCAUGCUGGUUCGAAAUGUUGUUGGCUCAGGCUUCAUGUUGUUUGUCACUUUGUGCAACAAUAGCCUGUUUCUCGCCUGGAACUUCGCCAAGAUGAGCCACGCUUGUCUGCUUAUGUGCCUCGCUGAUAUCUGUCUCGGUAUGCUUGUCACCCAAUGGCUGACGAUGCGUUCGGCUGAUCCGGAGAUAUCGCCGCCGGCAUCUCGAGCUUCUUUCGUAGAGGAACGUACCGAUUCCGAGGUUUCCUUUGUGAACGAGAAGCCUGUGCCCAUCAGCCGCGUGCUAGACAAGGUACGCUUCAAUCUCCGUUAA